AUGCCUACGUCGCCAGCCCCUCGAUCCGUAAAGAAAGUGGCAUUGAGUCCUACCAAAGGCUCGGGUCUUGGUGAUUCUUCUUCUCCUGGAUCCCCAAGUCGAUUCAGCAAGAAGAAGCUCCAGAGCAGUCAAAUCGACCAGCAGCUCCUUGCGCUUGAGCACGAUGACGGCAAUCGCCACUCCAAGAAUCUGACGCUAUGUCUGAACGAGUACGCAAAGAAGAUCGAAGAUUUACAGGAAAAGAAUCGCCGACUAGAGGAAGAGCUGGCAUUCGACGAUCACGUGGCGCGUGACGAUCCUUUCUUCAAUGAGCAGACAGCCGAGAAGCUGUCCAAUUUGUAUCUACAGGGCAAUAACUUUAUGAUCCGCUUGGAGCUGGAGCGGAAGGAAGUGGCACGUCUGAACGCGCUCAUCCAAUCGCAAGAGACCACCCUAGCGCAUCAAAAAAUGAAGUUGUAUGAGCUGGCUGCUCUGGAUCACAACCAUGCCAUCAUGCUCGGACGUGUUCGCAAGAUGGAGCACGAUAUCGACCGCCGGCUUGUUAAGAUGAAUGAAAAGCUCAAUCGCAAUCGACAGCUGCGGGAGGUCAUCGAUGCACAUCGAGCUGAGCGUGCCCGUAUGGACGAUAGCUUCACCAAGAUCUCGACGGAGACAUUGUCGAAGCGUCACAAGGUGGCUCGAGUCAACGAAGAAGUGGAGAAGCUUCGACAGGAGAUCGAGGCUGUUGAACAGGAGAUUGAAGACGUACGCCAAGAAGAAGAAGAGUGGGAGAUGAAGUGUGACCGUCGUGCAGCCGUUCUCCUGCAAGAGCUUAAGGAGAUUGCGUUGCAUCAAAAAGAUGCAGAGGGGCUGGUUGACGAGGACAAGUACAAGUUUUUGGGCGAGAAUGAUAUCAUGAAGACUGUAUCAGAGGCAAAAGAAAGCGAAAUACAGUCACGUGCCAAGCGUAGCAAAUGGAAAAGCGGCCAGGCCAAGGUCACUACAGAUGUAAUGCUGACAAAGUACCAAGAGAACCGCACGUACAUCGAAAAGAUCCACGAGGUCUCGGGCAUAAAGACCGUAUCGGAGAUGAUCGACGUUUUCAACAACCAAUAUCCUUCACAGCUAAUUUGUCCAGAACACUUUGAUCGCAUUCAACACGUGAAUCAACUGGCCGAGGAGAUUGAGAAUCAUCGCCUAGUAAGCACCAAACUGCGUGAGGAAAUUGGCAGGCUGAAACAACGCAAGGAUUCGGCAGAUUUUCAGCGCAUGAAUCGCAUUGAAGGACUUCGGUCAAAAAUUCAGCACACGAACGAGCAGGAGAAGAUCAAAGAGAACGCAAACCGCGAAAUGCAUACGUUCUUGGAAGCGCUUAAGCCAGCAGUGCUGCUAUUCCACUCACGCAUCGGCUGUUCCGACGUUCAUACUGACGACAUGAAGCAGGUGCUUAGUGACAUUGAAGAGCAGAUUGUCACAGUGCUACAAGCGUAUCAUGCCAAGGUUGAAGCCAUCAGAAAGGAGGAGGCUUUGAACCAACCUAUCGCGACGGCCAGCUUGUCAUCGCAGGCACCUCCUGCUAAACGCAAGGCUUCUGUGGUGGGAGGAGCACGCACUCGCCGCAGCACACUCCUGCCCGCAGCUGCUGACGCCAACAAAUCGCCUAGUGCGAAGACCAUCAACGCAAUGCUGGCGAAGCAGCAGCCUUAUCGUUAUACUGGACUGCGGCCACCUCAUUUGUCCGUGGAAGAACUACGCAAGAAAGACAACGUUGAAGAGGAGUACCCACUCACGUACCAUGAACUCAAGGUCAAAGUUUGGCACGGAGACGCAUCUCAGUAA